GCAACCAAGUUACAUGUGCCUCAUCACGACUCCCGCCGGAAGUUGAUGGAGGAUUUACUUGGACAGAUGUUGUUGCUCAUGCGUUGUGAUGCUUCUGUGAAAACAAAGGGAGAGCACUCGGGUUUUGCCCAUGACAACUUCCGGUCUUUUGAAAUGACUCUGACUCAGGCUGUUAAUGCCCGUGAAGAGGAAACGUUUAAUGCUUAUUUUAAGGUCAUUGACCAGGAGGAGUGUAUGAUGGCUGCAGUGUGUCCAGACAAGGCGGUCACUUUCUACAGACAGAUGGCCGAGGCUGCCUGUAAGUUCGGUACUCCCAGACAGCAAGCAAUUCUAGAGGGUUUCACGGCCGUGUCACUCAUCGAGCAAAGAGGGGACCAACUUUCUUUAGGAGUGUCAUUGGUGACUGAAGCAUUGCAAAAGCUGACUGUCGGAGAGGACAAUUACCAUCGUGUUGUGCUCAUGCGCAGACUUGGAUGGAUGCAAGUGCGGCUUGGCAAUAAUGAAGAGGCCAAAAGGCGACUGACCGAGGCACUAAAGACCCCUGUCCCUACUGAACUUAAUGAAAGGGUGGAACCUCAUCGGAUUCAGAUUCUGUCCCACCUCGCUAUCGUCAACAGCUACUUAGGCAACUACCCCGAGAGAGGAUACUGAGAGGAUACUUCGGCGCACUAUCCCCAGGGCUAACCAGGUCAUGCCGGGACACCCGGUGCUUGCAGUGCUUAUACAGACCAUGGGCGUCAACUUCGAUAGGCAGUGCCAGCUGGACAAGGCGUUGGUGUACUACAAGAUGUCCUGUCAUGAACGGAGGAAGCUGGCCUCCACACUGCCCACGUACCUCGUCACCAACCUCAACAACCUCGCCUCCAACUACACAUGGCGGGGGGAUUGUGACAAGGCUCUCCGGCUUCUCACGGAAGCUCUCAACCUGAGACGGAAGCUUGGUUGGUAUGACUUCAACACGGCCCUCACACUGUGGUACAGGGGCAACGCA